CCUGGGUUUAUAUUUGGUGAGAGUCCCGAUGAGUGUGUGUUUACUCUCUCCGUGUGUCGCGGUGUCUUCCUCCUUCAACCUGUCGCUGGUAUCGAAAGUGAAAGAUUGCAGGGCCGGAUCAACAUCAGAUAUGCUGCACGGACAUCACUAUGAAUCAUGACCGCGUAGAAAUAUUCAGGGAGAAACUAGACAACUUCACAAUCUCAGAUUACCAUGGUCUCAUCAGUCCAGGUCUUACAUGCUAUUUGAACAGCGUACUCCAAGUGUUUUUUAUGACUGAAGACUUCCGGGGUUCAAUAAAACGAUGCUGCAGUGAAGAUUCAGCAACCAUUGACACAGUCCUGAGAAAACUGUUUGAUGACUUAGAGAGAAGUUUGGCUGAAACUCAAAACAUCAUACAGACGCUGGGGAUCACAGAUGUGUAUGAGCAACAUGAUGCUGCAGAGUAUUUUGAGAAGAUCCUGUGUCUGACCAGUCCAGAGGCGGCCAAGGUAUUCAAAGGAGAGCUGAGUCAUAAAACCAAAUGUGCCGAGUGUAAAAAGGAAAACAACUUCAGGAGCUCUUUUUGGAUUCUGCCACUGGCAAUGGAAAAUUCAUAUCGUCAGACCUACAGCUUGAAGAGAGGAUUGGAGGCUUUCUUCAACAAAGAAAAAGUCUGCGGGGAAAACAAGAUGUUCUGCAACCAGUGCAAGAAAAAACAAGAUGCAGACAUUGACUGUGAGAUGACACAAAAUCCAGAGAUUCUGACUCUCCUGCUCAAGAGAUUUACCUUUGACUACAAGUGGGACUGCUACAUCAAGCUUCACUGUGAAGUUGAUGUGCCCCAAACUUUGCACAUAGAGAAUUGUGAGUACGACCUCUACGCUUUAGUCCACCACUUUGGUAACCUGUCAGGAGGUCAUUACACUGCAGAGAUCAAGUCUUUUGAAACUGGAGAGUGGUAUCACUUUAACGAUGACACUGUUGACAGGGUCAGACAGCCGUUAUUUACGUCUGGAAACAUCUCUGCAAAGUCCCGCACAGCAUACCUUCUUAUGUAUAGGAGGGUGAGCACCCAUCCGGAAAAAAACUGAUGAAAUCAGUGAGGAAGCUCAAUGCUCACAAGUAGAUGAAGGAGGUCAGGACGAGGCAGAGAGAGGAGAGGCUCCUGUUCCUCGUCAUCAACUGAAGGAGGAAAGAUGUCCUGGGGAUGAAAACUUGAAGCAUGUGAAUGGUGACGUGUUAAAUGAGAUGACUGAUGAUACGGACUCUGAAGAACUGGAGACACAACCAGACCAGACAGCAGCAUGUGUGACACCACAAGAAGACAUACAGCGUCAGACAAACACUGGAGCAGAUGGGGACAGUUUGCAAACACAAAAGUUAUAUUUUUCAAAGACUCAGACUUCAGGACAUCAUGAGCCAAACAGACAUCAUCUUAAUACAAACUCAGAGCAAAUUAAUUCCCAAAAGCAAAGCCUAAAAACUACAUGAUAUAACCUGGGACAGUACAGGACAGGACAGCACUGUUUGCAAUGAACAGAAAAAAAAACAAAACACAUGACUGAUAGAAGCUGUACAAGAAAUAGAGUCAUGAAUACAGAAAUUAAAGGUGUGAAAAAUACAAGGCCGUCAGUAGCAGAGGUGAGUGUUAAACAGAGAACUGAGGCUGAUGUCAGAGUAAGUGUGCGUGACUCCGCUGUGAAUUCAUUUCAUGUUUCCUCCAAUGGCUGCUCUCAGGCUUCAGUUCUACCCCGGACAAGGCGUUCUCACAGUAACUGUAGAAUGGAUGAAAGAAUGGAGUAUCGUUUGUCAUCCAGCCCCUGCAGAAGUUCAACCAACUCGAAGGGACACAAUGAGAAAAUGCAGCAAGUUGUGAUGAAAGCAGAAAAAGCUACAAGUCCAAGAAAGACAAAAAACACUAAAAAGAAUGAGGAGACAGUCAAACAAGAGCCAUGGAGGUGAUUAGAUAAAGAUCAUGUCUGUGUAUUAUUAUCAUGCAGCAGGACUCAUGCAGACCUUUUAUGUUGACACAAUUGUCUGUCUAUCAUGUUCUUAUUGACUGUGAAAGAUAAACUGACUGUGAUACAUCAUAUGUGACCUGGUGAUACUCAGUACACUAGGCCCAGAAUAAAAACAGUCCCCUGCCCCACUUAGAGACAUGCAGGUGACUGGAAUCUAUAUUUAUGAAGAACCAUGCUGACAUUGUAUUAAAGGGACUAAAAC